AUGCGGCCAAUAUUCUCAGCUGUACAGAAAACGGCUACGGCCUGGACACCGUAUACCCGGGCAAUUCGGAGCCCUCGCAUUUCAUGGAAGCCGAACUCCAUCUGCGCCCAAUGCCGCGUCCAGCAGUCCCGCCAAAUAUCGCAAUCGCGCCAGUUAGCUGAUAGCUUGAACAUCGUCGACCACCCCGCGAAACUUGUGCGGACUAAGCAGAAACAUGGCCCUGGUUUGAUCAUCCUCGCUUUGAUUCCAAUUACUGCGUUCAUCCUGGGAACCUGGCAGGUACAGCGCUUGGACUGGAAGACCAAGCUGAUCGCUAAAUUUGAGGACCGCCUCGUGAAACCUCCUCUUCCGCUACCUCCGCGAGUCGACCCGGAGGCGAUCGCAGAGUUCGACUACCGCCGCGUCUAUGCUACCGGUCACCUCCGCCAUGACAAGGAAAUGUUGAUUGGACCUCGCAUGCACGAUGGUGAAGAUGGCUACACUGUGGUUACCCCGCUUGAGAGAGAAGGAGGCAGCACCGUACUUGUCAACCGGGGCUGGAUUUGUAGGAAGAUGGUGGACCAGAAGGACCGACCAUUGGGUGUAACGAAUGAAGAGGUUCUCAUUGAGGGUCUACUGCGUGAACCAUGGAAGAAGAAUAUGUUUACGCCAGACAACAAGCCCGCAGAAGGAAAGUUUUACUUCCCCGAUAUCAAACAGAUGGCCGAGUUGAGCGGGAGUCAACCUAUCUGGAUUGAGCAAACUAUGGUACCUGAUCUGGUUGAGGCGUAUGAUCGCGCGGCCAAGGGUAUCCCGAUUGGUCGUGGAGCCGAGGUCACGCUGCGAAACAACCACUCCCAGUACAUCUUCACUUGGUAUGGCCUGGCCUUCGCCACAUCCAUCAUGAUGGCGAUGCUUUUGAAGAAGGGCCCCAAUGAGGUAACACGCCGAGUUCGCCAGAACAGAAGCUGGUAG